CAAAUACUGAGCUCCACCUGUUAGGUACUGUAGGGGGCAGGAGAUAAAGCGGGGCGCACACAGUUGUUUCCUUAUGGAGAAAGACAAUUUCCAGCAGUUAGAACUAGAGAAGAGUGGACCUUCCAAAAGGACAACUCCCAGAAGAAUUAUCCAUUUUGCUGAUGGAGACAUCAUGGAAGAAUAUAGCACAGAGGAGGAGGAAGAGGAAGCUAAAGAACAGAGAACAAAUUCAACACUUGAUCCUUCUAAACUUGCCUGGGGGCCCUACCUAUGGUUUUGUGCAGGGCAAAUAGCAAGAACCUCAUUUUCUACCUGUGAAUUCCUUGGUGAAAGAUUUGCUGUCUUCUUUGGUCUUCAUCAGCCCAAGUACCAGUAUAUGUUAAAUGAGUACUGCAGAACAAGAAGUAAGCAAAGUGACAAGGGAAGUGAAGAGAAUGGAUCAAAGGCCCAACCAGCCAAUGUUCCUAAUGAGAAAUGUCACCUGGAGGCCAGGGGCCAUGAGUAUGGAACAAGACUACGAGAUGUUGCGGAGGGCAUUUCUCAGUGGAGUGCCUCAUCCAAGGAGGGCCUGAUGGCAGAUUCCAGCUCCUGA